AUGGCAAUAUUUAUACGUGGAAUAAUUGCAAAAUUCAACAUUCGGGAAGAAUUUCUUGCCUUAAAAUCAAUGCAUGGAACAACUAGAGGUGAAGACUUAUUCCAAAUGGUCGACUCAGCCUUAAACGAUUUUGAUUUAGCGUAUGAAAAAAUGAGUGAUCUUACUACUGUUGGUGCCGCAGGUCGUGAAAAAGGAUUCCUAGCUCUGAUUAAGAAUGAAUUUAAGAAGCAUCUUUUGGAUUCGAAAACUUUAAUUGUGUCACUACUUUAUUCAUGUGGAAAGUUUAUGUGCAAAAUCUCUCGAGAUGGGCAAUGUAAUGAAAGUUACCGGACAAGGACUACCUAUGGUAAACUUUCAAGGAAAUUGCUAAAGAAAGCAGAAACUUCUAAAAUGAAAUUAUUUUUGUACUUUGGUGCAUCAUUCGUCACUUUGCAUUCUGCUCACUGA